GAAAAGAAAAAAGUUUCAGGAAGGAAUUUAUAUCAUCAAUCAUAUCAUUCAAAUAGCAAGGCAGGCUCCCCCCUUUCGAUUGGACUUUCUUGUCACCAAAAUUUUUGUAAAUUCCAUUCACCAUGCUGGUGACCUGCCCGGUUGUUAGUCCAGUUAUCAAACUGGUGGCAGAACUCAAGAAGCACAAGAUUAUCCCCGAGCUGUUGGCCUGCAAGCCCACGGAGAUAAUCAAUGUGCAAUAUCCCUGCGACAUUUCGAUCAAACCGGGCGUAACGCUUGUCAUUAACGACGUGGUCAACCUGCCGAUCGUCCGGUACAAGGCCGACCCGGUGCGGUUCUAUACGCUGAUGGUGCUCGACCUGGACGUGCCCCCAGAGAGGGAGUCGCUCAUCUGGCUGGUGGGCAACAUUCCGGGCUGCGAUGUGAACCGGGGCCAGACGCUUGCGGCCUACGACAACCGACGGUCCAUGGAAAGUCGCAGCAUUCAUCGAAUCGUCUUCCUGGCCUUCAAGCAGUAUCUGAAGCUGGACUUCGACGAGGUCCUUAUUCCCGAGGGCGAGAGAGCAAGUCGCAAUAAGUUCGAUUGUCACCGAUUUGCCCGGAAGUACGCCUUGGGCAACCCCAUUGCUGCCAAUUUCUUUUUGGCGGAAUGGCAGUGGCGAUGGACACCUCAGUUUAUAGCAGCGGAAAUGGAAUAAAGUGGAAUAAUAGCCGA